UCAGAGCGUUUUGCUCUCGGAGCACACUGGACUCUCUGGCCGAGGAGUAGGGUUGAUCCGAGCGUUGCGUUCUGACCUAACAACAGCAGUCAAGCACCCAACCUAACUGGUUAACAUUGGCUAGCUUGCUUGCUACUUCCAGACAUAAAUAAGAACACCUCACUCUGACCAUUUUACUCGCCCUAGACAACUGGUUAGGCUGUUUUCAUGUUAUCCAGAGCAUUGUUGACUGUAACUGUUCUGGUGGCAACAAUUUAAUCACGUUUUGUUUUGCCAACGUUGACUGACAACGAUUAUUUUCAGGUGUUGGGCGUUCAUAAAUAAUCAGUUAUUCUGCGCUCUGGAACGCUCAGAGGAGAGUGCUCUGAAAUCGGAGUAGAUAGCCAGAGCGAAUUAACAAUGGCCAUUGAGAACGCACAACGCUAUACCUUAGCUAAGCUAAGAAUGAAGUGAAUAAUCAAGUCAAUAAACGUUGGGUAGUUAGAUAGCAUUUAGUUAAUAUAACGUUACUGGAAAGUCUGAUGUAUUAGUAGCCAACUAAUAUUACGUUAUGUAACCUGCUAACAUACUGCUGUAAUGAUAUGCUAUGGGGUUCGUAAGGAUAGCGUAGCUAACAAAUUGUCAGCCAACAUAACGUGUAACGUAACUUAUUUGAAAAGUCAUAUUACACUGCUCAACAUUUUCUUAACAUUUCUCAUAAUUAGUUAAAGCAAUGAAUUUGUAUCCGCUCUCGUCUGACUUCGGCUGUAUAUUUUCCGCCAUUUACUUCAAAUCUGGAAAAGUUGUGAAGCCACGCCCAUUUUCUGAAGAAUUGCAUUAUGGACUCUAAAAGCACGUAAAUAGUGUCCACUGCUUGUAUUUUUGUAUUUUGGCAAAUUUAGUACGACAUUCGGGAACUUUUGGCAUACUAACUAUAUCCAUACUAUGACCAAUAAGCGUACUACAUAGUCAAUUUACGUCACAAAUAGUAUGGUUAGUGCAAUUAGUAUGAGAUUUCGAACACAGCUAUGGUAUCAAUAACAAGCUGAAAGAAGCCACACGAUUCCCAACAUGGCAGUUUCUUGUCAUUCUUGCUAGCAAUCUGGCCAUCCAGAAACACAACAACAGGCUGACUUCUGCCCUAUGGAUGUGUUGCCUGUGUGGGGCCUCACACUCCCUCUUCCCGCUGUACUGAUGAUUGUUGUUGGUCUUUACAUGAUUUUCCUUGCAAUGGCGUUAUGGUUCCGCCAAUGCCUCAAGGAACAGUGUUCUCUUGAGUGUGGUGACUGCUGUCCAAAUAUCACCCCAUUCGAGUACUGUUUAGCAUGUGCAGAGUCGUGCAACUGUCGCAUGCCAUCACUGCGCUCGUGCCUUGACCAGACCUGCCCCUCAACCUGCCCCUCUCUUCCUAAUUGUAACAUGUGGGACUGUGCUUGCACCUGCCAACCCCCAGAAUGUGAGUCCUGCAACUGCCUCUGCUUCGAAAUCAAGCUCAGAUAGAGGGAGAAACGGAGGAGUGGAAGGAUGAAUGAUGAAUCCUAACUCAAGACGCACAGCAUGUUUGCAUAUUCACACAUUGAUGUUAAUGGACAGUUUGUGCAAGAGGAAGGAGUUAUCCAUUCAUCCCUAGAGAAAUGGAAAGGGAAGACGGGGGGUGGGUUACUGUGUUUAUGUACCAAUAUGAAAAUACAAUCUGAAUCCUUCUAACACACAGCCUUAAAGUGAAAGGCUAUAACCAGUUUAUGGAUAGUUGUGCCAUAUGUGUCCAAGGGAGAGCAACAUUAUCCGAGCGCUAUUACAAUAUAGGGCAUCUACUUUCAUUACAGCACAAGUACAAUUCUGUGCCUCUGCAGCAGUCCAAUACACUCAUUGUACAAAACAUUAAGCUCACCUGCCUAAUAUCGAGUUGCACCCCCCUCCCCCCCUUUUGCCCUCAGAAAAACCUAAAUUCGUCAGGAUAUGGUCUCUAUAUGGUGUCAAAAUCGUUCCACAGGGAUGCUGGCCCAUGUUGACUCCAAUGCUUCCCACAGAUUGUGUCAAGUUGGCUGGAUGUCUUUUGGGUGGUGGACCAUUCUUGAUACACACGGGAAACUGUUGAGCGUUAAAAACCCAGCAGUGUUAGAGUUCUUGACACAAACUGUUGCGCCUGGCAUGUACUACCAUACCCCGUUCAAAGGUAGUUCAAUCUUUUGUCUUGCCCAUUUACCCUCUAAAUGGCACACACAAUUAACAUCUCAAUUGUCUCAAGGCUUAAACACCCUUCUUCAACCUGUCUCCUCCCCUUGAUCUACACUGAUUGAAGUGGAUUUAACAAGUGACAUCAAUAAGUGAUCAUAGCUUUCACCUAGAUUCACCUGGUCAGUUUAUGUCAUGGAAAGAGCAGGUGUCCUUAAUGUUUUGUACACUUGUAGCUGAUGUAAUACUUCCAUUAUGGUUUUAACUGUUCCUUAAUUCAUUAAUCAGUUAUUUUAAGGUUUUACACAUUACAUAUGUAUAUACUGUAGCUUUGACGCUGUGGACUUGUACUUUUUAAGCUAUUGACCAAUGUCAAUUAAAGAUGACUAUUUUUAAACUUA